UUUUCUUGCAGAAAUCGUUGUGAAAUUUUGUUUUGUUUAUGUCGCAAAGUUUGUCGGACUAUUUAUAAAACAAAUAAAAGUGAUAAGUGCACUUCGAGAUGUCUAUUCUGCUGGCGGACAUCGACGCCACGUGCGCGGCCUUGGGUUACAGUGAUGGCCAGAAAUAUCAAGCUGAACCUGAUGCCGCCGAGGGACUCAAGCACCUGAUUUGGAUACUGCGUCGGGACCUGGACAACCACGAGUAUCGCCGCCACUUGGGCCGCUCCAAGGUGCUCCAAACGGACCUGGUUUACAUGCUGCCGGACUACGUGCAUCAGGAGGAGCUGUCCGAUCUGCUGAUCCGCCUGCUGGUCAUCCUGACCAAUCCCACGCUGCUGCUCUACAGGGAGGGUGCACCGAGGGACAACCAUGGCCGGAAGGUGUUCAUGGAGCUCAUCGACAUCCUGCAGGGCUACAAAGCAGCCUUCGCCAAGGACAAAGUGUGGAGCGCCCUCUUCGAGAAGCUGAAGCAGGCCUUGGAAAUAGCAUUUGCGAUUCGCAGCGAGGAGCAGAAUCUUCUGAUUGAGCGCAUCCUGGUGCUGGUGCGGAAUGUCCUGCAAGUGCCGGCGAAUCCGGAGGCCGAGUGCCGGGCGGACAACGAUGCCAGUCUGCACGACCAGGUCAUUUGGGCGCUGCACCAAACUGGAAUGCUGGACCUGGUCUUGUUUGUCAUCUCCUCGCCGGAUGAGGAGCAGUUCCAUCUGCACGGGCUGGAAAUUGUGUGCCUGCUUUUCAGGGAACAGAGUGCCGAAUCCCUGGCGGACGCCUCCCUGCAGCGCAGCCUGAGCGAAAAGCAGCGGGACCAGCAGGAACUUCUGGCCGCACGGCGCCGGGAGCGUGCUCGUCGCCAGGCUCGUCCUCCACCCGGGCGACAUUCGCGAUUCGGCGGCACCUACGUCAUCCGGAACAUGAAGUCCGUCUCGGACAGAGAUGUGAUAUGCCACCAGGCUCUGGAGCGCGUCUCAUCGAUCGAUUUCGACCGCGAGAAGCAGCAGCAGAAGCGCUCCCACCGUCACAUCCAGGAGGAGGCGCAGGUGACCCGUCGCAGUGCGUUCACCGUGAGAUUGUGCCUGCGCGAAUACUGCAUCGAGGUACUGCGCUCCGCUUACAACACGCUGGUGAGGCAGGUGCGUCGUGUGCUGGAACGCAACGCCGGAUCUUCGAGUCACGAUGACUCCUAUCUAUUGUGGGCCAUACGAUUUUUCAUGGAGUUCAAUCGUUUGAGUGGUCUACAAUUGCAGUUAGUCAGCGAGUCGUUGAGCGUGCAAUGCUUCCACUGGGUCCUGACGCGCAUGCAACAUGACAUGGACAUGAUUGUGAGCGACAAGAAACAGGCGCGUCUCUGGGCCAAGCGACUGCAUGUAGCGCUUUUGACAUUCCGGGAAUUGCUGCAAAGCCUGCUGGCACUGCAGAAGCUAAAGGAUGACAACAACGCGCGGGCCCUCUUCGAUAUGUUAUUGAACAACGUGUGCUAUGUCCUGGAGUAUCGGGAGACGGUGCUGCAUUUGUUAAUGAACUACAAUGAGGCGCACAGCACAAAGGUUUUCCUGCGCGAUGUGGUGGAAACGGCCAACGUUUUCAUUAAAAUGAUGGAGCGCUUCUGCCAGGACUCUGUGGUGGUGCAGGACAAGAAGCGCGGUGGUGGCGGCUCCCGGAAGAAGAAGCAGGCGGCGACCAAGUCCAAGCCACCAGCUGCACCACAGCCCACUGAGGAAGAAUUGUCCAGCAAAUGGGCUGAACUGGCAACGGAAGUGUGCAGCCUGCUGUCCUCGGAAUUGGAAAUGCCGGAGGAUGAGCAGCCCAUACCCUUCGAUGCCGCCUCCGAGAAAUCCAUUGAUGAUCAGCGCGAGGAUUGCAUGAUUCGCAUAAAUAAACUGCUCCGUUCCGAGAAACUGGACCAGGCCAUCGCCCUUCUUCGGGCCGCCAGGGAAGUUUGGCCGGAGAACGAAGUGUUCGGUGCAAUUUCCGCUGCACCGGAAGACGAGCUGCUGCUCCUGCGUGAGAUUUUCAUGUACAACAUUACAACAGUUGAGUCCGAGGAUAAGGAAAACGAAAAGGAGCAAAAGCAGGAUGAGGACGAGGACGAGGACGAUGACUUGGAUAACGAAGAAUACGGAGAGCAGGAUAAUGGACUCACCGAGAAAACGUUCAAAUUUGAUGAUUUCGCUCGCAGACUGCUGAAUCCGAAAAUCGUCCGAGCUUGCACUUUAGUCCUGUCGGAUUGGGCGGACAUACCCACUCGAUCCUUGAAAGCGGCUGUAACUAUUCUACAUCGCAUUGCCUACGGCUGCAAGUGUUCGGGAAUGCUUUUUCAGGCCAAGCUGUUUCGCAUCUUUCAACAAGUCUUCAGCGUGGAACGUGACGUCCAUCAGGAGGAGCUGCGCCGCCUGGCCAUCUUUGUGGUGCGCAAAUUUGUCGAGGUGGCCCCGACUAAUCCCAAAAUCUAUGCGGAGUUAUUAUUUUACAAAGGCAUCAGGGAGGCCAAUGAGCUGGAGUCGGGCUAUUGUGACGCCUACGAAGCCGGCACCAAAGGAGCCUGGAGCGAGGAGCAGGAGUCGGAGCUGCGCUUCCUCUUCGAGGAGAACCAGCGCAAUCCUGAAACCGAUAAGGAUGUGAUUGAUUGGAUUCUGGACAAUUUGGUCGACAAGACGCGCAACCGCCGCACUGUCCUGAAAAAGCUAAAGGAACUGGGCCUGCUGUUCAAGGCGCCCACCAAGCGUUCGACCAAGUCCGCCCAGAGCGGCAAAAACGUCUGGCAGCCGGAAGAGGAUGACGAGCUAAGGAGCUUAUAUGAUCAGCAUCGCAUUGAGCCGGACUGCCUGGAGCGAAUCGUCCAUGAGUUCGCUGAGCGGCGCACCAAACAGCAGAUCAUCAAGCGAAUGCUUCAGAUUCAUUUGAUAGCGGAUAAAUCCGAGAUUCUGCCCGCCAAGAAGGGGCGUGGCAAAGGCAAGUCCAAGAAAGAGCAACCAGAAAUGGAGGGCGAGGGUGAGGACGAUGAGUACAACUUCGCCGAGGAGCCCAUGUUCGAGGAGCAGGGGUAUAAGAAGCCUAAGGCCAAGCCGAAAAAGGCCCAGAAGCGCCAGGUGGUACGCACACCAUUGCACGUAGGCACCAUCAAAGCUCUAAUCGGCCAGGUGGAUUCAGAGAAGUAUCAAUCGGCCAUCGAGUGGCUGCAGGAAUGCCUGCAGGACGCCAGCGAAGAUACCGAGGAAGCAACUGAGGACGACGAUGGCGUGCCUCUCCUGCCACUGAUGCAGGACCAAAAGGAUGCCAUGGAAGAUGCGGAUUUCCAAAAGGUUCUGGUCUCCCUGGGCAUGCAGCCGCCGAUUUCGGGAAUGGAAGCCUACUGGCGUAUUCCCAUAUAUCUCAAUUCUGCCGAUUUGCAAUUACGUUCCAAAAUCCUGGCAGGAGAAGAGGUGGAUGUUGAGCCGGAAGACGAGGCUGCAGACGAAGACGAAGAUGAGGAGGGAGAGCAGGAUGAGGAAAGUGAGGAAGAGGAGGACUUCCUUGAGAAGCACAGCAGGCAGCGGCAGGAGAACAUAGCAACCCAACAGCAGCGAAAACUUGAUAGUCUUAUGUUCAACCAGAGCGAUGACGAAACCGAGCAACGUGCUCCCCCAAAACCCAAGGACAAGCCCAAGGCCAGCGACAAGAAGGCCAAGCGAAAGGUCAAAGAGAAAGCCAAGGAGUCAAAGGACUCCGAUGAUGAUAGGGCAGAUAAAGCGGAGCUGGAGAAACCGAACACGGAUGAUUUAUUUAACCAAUUGCGAGCCAAGCGAGCCACUAAAAUCAAACUGAGCGAUAUGGCUCUAAAUGAGUCAACAAAUGCCGCUCAAGAGGCGGACGACGAUGCAUUUAACUUCAACUCGGAGGACUAUCGUGCCCGCCUGCUGGAACUGGAGGAUGAGGAGCAGAACGCCGAGGAUGCGGAUGCGGAUGAGAAUGGCGGUGACAAAGAAAACAUUACCAAUAAGUCCCUGCAGCGUGCACGUCGCGUUAAUGUAAUUGACUCGGAUAGCGACAACGACGAUGAUGGCGCCUUGCCUGCCGACAAGACAAACAAACGCCCACGCAGCGACGACGAUCGGGAUGACGAGGAUGGGGAUGCCGGCCACAUGGAUGCCAAUGCCGAGGAGGACAGCGACGAGGAGGCCAACUUUUUGGCUCGCAAAAAGCCAGCCAAAGUCGAUGGCGAGCCGGCCAAGCGGCGUCGGUUGGCCAUCAUCGAUGACGAUGAUGAGGAUGAUUUUUAAUGCACACCCGUUCUGCUCUUGAUUUUAUAGCUCACCGGAAUGGAAGCUCGAAUAAAUGUAACUUUUAAUUUGCA